CUCGCAGGGAAGCGGCUAAGGUAGACUUAAUAGAUGGUAGCUAUGGGAAAUGUCAAGGAAGACUUAACGUGUAGCUCAUGGCAACAGACUCAGCACGUGCUCUUUCAACUGGCCAACUUGUGUUUCUGUCUCUCGUACUUGGUUCCCAACAGUCGCCGUGGAAUACUAACGAUGCAUCUCCUUCUAAUCAUUGGCUUUCUCAUGUUUUCCACAUGGUCUUGGAAUACUUUAUGUGCUCCUGAUAUAUUCCUGUGGAAUUUUAUAUUCAUGCUGCUAAAUAUGGGCCACGUUUUGUACAUUAUUUACAAAAUGCAUCCUGUACUGUUUACCGAGGAACUUGAAGCAAUCUACAGAAACAUGUUUCUACCCUUUAAGAUUUCUCGUCAAUUGUUUCGAAAAUUAGUGGAUACACAAUACGCCCAGAUAAUCUCUUUACGUCCAGGCGACACUUACGCCGUACAGAACCUAACGAGGACAGAUCGAUUAGGCCUACUCAUUACUGGAAAGUUG